AUGGACUGGAUGACGCUCUUGUUCUGGAGCCUCAACGUGGUUGCGACACUGACGGUGGGCUUCACGAAGCGAGACACCAGCGCGCAGAGCGGCGGCGGUGGCUUUGAGGACCUGACCAUGGGGGAUCUCUUUCCAUAUCAAGAGGAGGGGGUGCGCCUCUUGCGCAUCCUUAGAUUGGCGCGCACAGCGCGGCUCCUUCGUCUCUUGAAGUUGCAGAAGGUCAUGGAGAAGCUCAGCGACUACUUGGACUCAGAGGCUGAGCGCACCUUCGCCAUUUUCGUGGUGGUCUUUGCUUUGGUGGGCUUCUCCUACGUCGUUGGCAGCAUCCUAGGUUCGCUGGCGCAGCUCCGCAGCAUGACGGAGCAGUCAGCAAAGGACUUUUGGAUGAUGCGCCGAUUUUUGAGACGGAAUCACGUGCCCAUGGAGCUGGCCUCGCGGAUCCAGAGAUUCGUGGAGCACGCGCACUCGCAGCAGCAGAAGAAGAUGUCCAUCAAAGUUCUGGGCUUGCUGUCUGGGGGCCUCAUGGAGGAGCUUCAGUGCGCCAUGAAUAUGCCGCACAUGAUGGUGCAUCCGCUCUUCGCUUUCUUGAGUGAAUUCUCAGUCAUCACUGUGCAGCGGUUGGCCAAAGAGGCCGUGCAUCGUGCACAAUUGGCACGCGGAGACACGCAGUUUCUACCCAACCAAGAAGGUAGUUUCAUGUAUUUCAUCGCUGGCGGGAAGAUGCAAUACAUCAGGGAUGGAGAUAGUCCAGACCCGCGAGUGGAAGUGGUGGACAAGGGUGAGGACUGGAUCGCAGAGCCGGUUAUGUGGACCUCGCUCUGGGUGCAUGUGGGUCAGCUCACCGCGGUCUCGGAGUGCGACCUUUGCGCGGUGGCCCCCAAAGCCUUCGGAGACAUCGUGGCCCUCAUCAGGCGCCGGCGGGUUUUGGGACGAGCCAACCAGUCACGUCCAAUCCGGGACCCUCCAAGCAAGGCCAAGACUUGA